CUCGACACGACAAUGAAAUUCAAAUUCCUUGCAUUUCCCUCCAAAACGACAUUCAAGUCCGCAAUUGCGCGUCAGGUGUUGCGCUUGCGUACUUUUAUUUUUCUCUCCAUUUUUUUUAUUUUUCGCGACUUUUAACGGAUUUCAAUCGAAAAUGGUGUCUCUCCGCAGUGGAAAACGUGUCUCGCGCCCAUCGCCGAGCACUCCGCUGGAAAAACCAGCUGAAACAUCCACAAAUCCUAUGGAAACACCUAAAAGAGCUGUAAAAGGACAGAAAACAGUUGAGGAAAAGGAAAAACUGCCGAUUUCUCUAAGGAAAAGCGAGAGAUUGGCGAAAAAUUCGGGAGAAAACUCUUCGGCAGAAAUUGCGGAGGAACACAAGGAAAUCGUGGCGCCAUCGCAAGAAAACUCAGUUGAUGAUGAUGCGGAAUCCACACAACUUUCGGUAGAUGUAUUCGCAGAUCCGUCAGAUUUCGAGGAUGAUGACGACGAGGUUGUUCCGGAGACCGAUUACGAAGACAACAACGAGGAGCCAAAAAAUGAUCAAAAUCCUGUGGAAAUCCCAGAUAAUUCCGAUUCCGAUGACGAUGAGCCAAUGGAAAUUUCUUCCAAAAAUCCGGUUACUUCAAUUGAAAAUCCAGAAAAUUCCGAUUCCGACGAUGAUGAGCCAAUGGAAGCCACUUCAAAAGCUCCAGAGAUGUCAGUCGCUGAGCCAAAAAGUAUAAUUGAGAAGCUUCUGGAGAAAAAGGCCGAAAAAUCGGCGAAAUUGGCGGCCAAGAAGCUGAAGAAGAGAAGCAAGAAGAAGGAGGCAAAGAAGAUUUCUGAUGGAGUUUUUCAAGUUAAAAUGAAGAAAAGCAAGGCAAAAUUCAACGUUGUGACUCUCAAAGCUGGUGUCCAGAACAUUUUAGAGCCACAAAUCAACUUCCGCGAGGAGCUUCUCAAAUCAAGAACCGCCGGAACUCGUCUUGCCGAUACUGAAAAGUUUUUGCAACGUGGCAAAUGGGUCUCGAAGCGAUAAUUUUCUCCUUUUUUUGUUAAUUUUUCUGUUAUUAUUAUCAUUUCCAACUUGUUUUUUGUUAUGAAAAUGCGAUUUUGUGUUUUAAACCGUGUUUUUUUUUUGCAUUUUCCAUUUUCGUCUCAUGCCGU